CUACAUAAUUUUUUUUUAUUAUUAUUAAUUCGAUAAAAAAAAUAAUACAAAAAAAUAGGGUAGAAUAUAAAAUUGUCUACAAUGUGUAGUGUGCAGUCUUAGCAGAAAACUUUGUGCAAGUUCGCGUGCUAGUCAGGUUGAUCUUGUGUUGGAUCGUCGAGUGCGAGCGCGUUGACCGAAAAUAUCACAUUUUGCUAAGUGCGUGAGUGUUGUGAAUGUGCUUUAUAGGAACAUCGGGCACUCGGCCGGACUGAAGUCAUACUUACGGAUAAGGCAUUUGUGUCGGUCGAGACCGGAGGCCCUAGCCGUGCAAAAUGAAUGAACUGGACUCACUAAGGCAAGAAGCUGAAACGCUCAAAAAUGCCAUACGAGAUGCAAGAAAAGCAGCAUGCGACACAAGUCUGGCGCAAGCAACCACCAGCAUGGAACCGGUCGGCCGGAUACAAAUGCGAACGAGACGCACGCUUCGUGGACAUCUCGCUAAAAUAUAUGCCAUGCAUUGGGGCUCUGACUCCAGAAACCUAGUAUCAGCUUCACAAGAUGGCAAACUUAUCGUAUGGGACAGCUAUACGACAAACAAGGUACACGCUAUACCACUUAGAUCUAGCUGGGUGAUGACGUGUGCAUAUGCCCCAUCUGGCAGUUUUGUUGCUUGUGGUGGCUUAGACAACAUAUGUUCAAUUUAUAGUUUAAAAACAAGAGAAGGUAAUGUAAGAGUUAGCCGAGAACUGCCAGGGCACACAGGUUACUUAUCGUGUUGUAGAUUCCUUGAUGAUAACCAAAUUGUCACUAGCUCUGGAGAUAUGUCAUGUGCAUUAUGGGACAUUGAAACUGGCCAACAGUGUUCAUCGUUCAUUGGACACACUGGUGACGUUAUGUCGCUCUCAAUGUCACCUGAUAUGCGAACAUUUGUAUCAGGAGCUUGUGAUGCUUCAGCCAAAUUAUGGGAUGUUCGAGAUGGAACUUGCAAACAAACGUUUCCAGGACAUGAAUCUGAUAUCAACGCUGUCACCUUUUUCCCAAAUGGCUAUGCUUUUGCUACUGGCUCAGAUGAUGCAACCUGUCGUUUAUUUGAUAUUCGGUCUGACCAAGAAUUAGCAAUGUACUCGCAUGACAAUAUCAUAUGUGGCAUAACAUCCGUAUCAUUUUCAAAAUCAGGACGUUUGCUAUUGGCAGGAUAUGAUGAUUUCAACUGCAAUGUUUGGGACUCAAUGAAAGCUGAACGUGCUGGUAUAUUGGCUGGUCAUGACAACCGUGUUAGUUGCUUAGGAGUAACUGAGGAUGGCAUGGCUGUAGCUACUGGCUCUUGGGAUAGCUUUUUACGUAUUUGGAAUUGAGUUGGCCCUCUGAUGAGACCUAUGAAGUCAACACCAAACGGUCCCUGAAUUACAAAAAAAAAAAAAAAUCCAAAA